AUGAUGAAUCGAAUUUUAAUAAUUUGUGGCUUAUUGCUCACAAUAAUCACCAGAACAACAUAUUCAUAUAGCAACAGCAACAACAAUAAUAAUAAUAACAAUAAUAAAUUUCUCAGGAGCUUUGUACCCCAGCCAUUAUCCGUAGAUCCAUGUUAUGAUGAGGAUAGACCACGCCGUUGUAUGCCAGACUUUGUGAAUGUUGCUUUUGGCUCAAAAAUUGAAGCAUCAUCAACAUGCGGUGCAAAUAGUCCUGAAACUUUCUGUGAGGUUGAUGGAAAGUGUAACAUAUGUGAUGUUAAUGAUCCGUCAAAGAGCUAUACUGCAUCAGCACUGUCAGAUAUACAUAAUUUACAGAAUGUAACAUGCUGGCGUUCUGAGCCUCGUCCAUUGAUAUCAUCUGCAAAUUUUGGUUUUGAUAAUACACCUGACAAUGUCACAUUGACAUUAUCAUUUGGCAAAAAGUUUGAGCUCACAUAUGUCAGUCUACUGUUCUGUCCGAAUGCAAUUAAACCUGACUCGAUGGCUAUAUAUAAGAGUGCGGAUUAUGGAAAGACAUGGCAACCGUUUCAAUUCUACAGUAGUCAAUGCAAAAAGUUGUAUGGACGUCCGGCAAAGCAACAAAUUACAAAACGUAAUGAACAGGAGGCACGCUGUUUGGAUCACAAUCGAUUUUCAAACGAUGGUAUGAGUGGCAUACAGGGAUCGCGUAUAGCAUUUAGUACAUUAGAGGGACGUCCAUCGGCUGUCGAUUUCGAUACAUCUGCAAUACUACAAGAUUGGGUUACUGCAACCGAUAUACGAGUCAUAUUCCAUCGCCUGCAGAGUCCAUUAGCAGCACAAUCAAUGAAAGCGAAAAUGAAGAGCGAAUAUUUGUCGUCUACGUCGUCAUUGUCAUCGUCAAAGGAAGCCUCAACACUGUCUCCGAACUCAUUUCUAUCUUCUGGAUCAGGCACUUAUGCACUGUCCGACUUCUCCGUUGGUGGGCGAUGUAAAUGCAAUGGACAUGCAUCGCGUUGUAUUAAAAAUGCUGAUGGAGCAUUGGAAUGUGAAUGUAAACACAACACUGCGGGACGAGACUGUGAAAAGUGCAAGCCGUUCUAUUUUGAUAGGCCAUGGGCACGAGGAACUGUUCAGAAUGCAAACGAAUGUAAAGCAUGCAAUUGCAACGGACAUGCUAGACGAUGCCGUUUCAAUGUGGAAUUAUACAAGCUCUCAGGACGUGUGUCGGGUGGUGUAUGCGUGGAUUGUCGACAUGAUACAACUGGCCGUUACUGUCACUAUUGUAAAGAAGGCUUUUAUCGUGAUCCAAGUAAAUCCAUUACUCACAAAAAGGCAUGCAAACCUUGUAACUGUCACGCAAUUGGAUCAACUGGCAAGUCAUGUAACAACACAACUGGUCAUUGUUCAUGCAAAGAGGGUGUGACGGGAUUGACUUGUAAUCGGUGUGCUCGGGGCUAUCAGCAGAGUCGAUCUCAUAUUGCACCAUGUAUUAAAAUUCCUCGAGUAAUUAGCAUGAAUAUGCCACAGAAUACAGCACCUGAGAGCUACUACAACGACCAAACGGAAGUGAGACCCAAAUCGCGUGAAGAUUGCAAAUGUAAAAUUGAAGCACAACGACUGAAUAGCAAAAAAUUCUGCAAAAGAGAUUAUGCAAUACUUGCAAAAGUCGUUGGAUUGGUGAACAGACGAAAUGAUGAGAUCCGUUACAAUCUUAUCAUCCUCCAUACGUAUAAGAAUAGCGAAGGACGAAAUCCGAUUUCAGUGAGAAAUAAUAAGAAACUUCAACUAGUCGUACCUGCAGCAGCAAGCAAUUGUCGAUGUCCGAAUUUGGAUGUUAAUAAAUCGUACUACAUACUUGGCAUGCACUCCAAGCACAGCAAAAAUGAACUCGAAAUCACUAAAAAAUCAAUCGUCAUUGAAUGGCGAGAAGACUUUAAAGGGCGCUUUGAGAAAUUUAGAAGUGAAUGCUACUAA